CCAACACUAUCCCAAUCAUCGAUAAACUUCGUGGAAGGUUGUUGGUGGGUAGUACAGACAAAUCUGGUGCAGUGUGUUCUUCGGCAGCAUCUCCGCCUCUCCGGACUGCUGUCCUUGUUACCAACAAGCCGGCACUCUCCAUCCACAAGCUCCAAAGGAAGAAACGGGUAAUCCGAAAGGCCUUCCAAGAAGCGAGGGGGCAGAGGGCGGCGCAAACCAUGGCCACGGUGGAGCAGCAGCAGCAGCAGAUCGAGCACAGCCACCUCGCCAUCAGAGGCCUCAACCUCCACGUAGCCCAAGCAGGCACAGGCGAGCUCGGGACGGUGCUGUUCCUGCAUGGCUUCCCGGAGAUAUGGUACUCGUGGCGCCACCAGAUGCUGGCCGUGGCCGCCGCCGGGUACCGCGCCGUCGCGCCGGACUGGCGCGGGUAUGGCCUCUCCGACCAGCCAAUGGAGCCGGAGGCGGCGGCGUACAGCGACCUGAUAGAGGAUCUCCUCGCCCUCCUGGAUGCGCUCUCCGUCCCCAAGGCUUACCUUGUGGCAAAGGAUUUCGGAACCAUGCUAGCUUAUGAUUUUGCUCUUCGUCACCCCAACCGCACAUGCGGUGUUAUGUGUUUGGGUAUCCCUUUUCUUCACGGUGGCUCCUCCUUCACUGCCAUGCCAGAAGGCUUCUACAUACUGCGCUGGCGGGAACCAGGAAGAGCAGAGGCAGACUUUGGCAGGUAUGACGUCAAGCGAGUCGUGCGCACCAUCUACAUUCUCUUCUCUAGAAGCGAAAUCCCGACAGCGAAGGAAGAUCAAGAAAUCAUGGAUCUCGCGGACCUGUCGACUCCCCUUCCAGAGUGGUUCACCGAGGAGGAUCUUGAUGUCUAUGCGUCCCUCUACGAGAAAUCUGGUUUCGUGUAUCCACUGCACAUGCCAUACAGGUCUCUCCAUAAGAGGCAACCAAUUGAAGACCCAAAAUUCGAAGUCCCGGUGUUCGUCGUCAUGGGGGAGAAAGACUACGUGUGCAAGUUCCCCGGGGUCGAGGCCGUCUUGAAGAAUGGCACCAUGGAGAAGUUUGCGCCGGAUCUGAAGAUCACUUACAUCCCUGAAGGAGGCCAUUUCGUGCAGGAGCAGUUCCCGGACAAGGUCAAUGAUCUCCUCCUUGGCUUCCUCAAGGACCAUCCUGUGGCUUGACACACGGGGCCUACUAUGCUCGGCCUGUACUCGGUCUCAUAAGUACCGUACUCCGUGCACAUUCCGCGGUGUUAUAUAUAUAUGUUCGGUCCGUGUUGUCCUCUAAUAAUCCUUUAGAACGCCAGUGUUUAGUCCUCCUGUAAUUGUGUAAUUUCACCCAAAAUUUAUCUGAAUUUCAUUUCGAAUUCCCAGGAA